AGCACCGUAUAUUGGUUGAAGACAGACAGACACAAACAACACGUCCUCUUUGGAUGCGCAUGCUCUUGGGAUAAGCAUCUGGCUCGUAUAUUUACGCUGAGAGAGAGAAGAUGGCGAGUCCCCGCAAUGGAAGCUCCAAUACUUUCGUCAUGAUUCCGGAGAUCAAGUUUACCAAGCUCUUUAUCAAUGGAGAAUUCGUCGAUUCUGUUUCAGGAAACACGUUCGAGACGGUCGAUCCAAGAACUGGAGAUGUGAUUGCAAGAGUUGCAGAGGGAGAUAGAGAGGACGUUGACUUGGCCGUGAAAGCUGCUCGUCAUGCUUUCGAUAACGGCCCUUGGCCUCGCUUGUCCGGCUCUGAGAGGGGAAGGAUCAUGAUGAAGUUCGCGAAUUUAAUAGAGGAACACAAAGAAGAAUUAGCUGCUCUGGAUGCUAUUGAUGCUGGAAAGUUGUUUGCUCUCGGCAAGGCCAGGGAUAUUCCGGGAGUGGUUAACACUCUCCGUUAUUAUGCCGGCGCAGCUGAUAAAGUUCAUGGUGAAGUUUUGAAAAUGUCAGGUCAAUUUCACGCCUAUACUCUCCUGGAGCCCAUCGGUGUCGUUGGCCUCAUAAUUCCAUGGAACUUUCCAAGUAAUCUCCUUUUUAUGAAGCUCAGCCCCGCAUUAGCUUCAGGUUGCACGGUGGUUGUGAAGCCAGCCGAGCAAACUCCUCUUUCUGCUCUCUACUACUCUCAUCUUGCCAAACAGGCUGGCAUACCUGAUGGGGUGAUCAAUGUUGUAACUGGAUUUGGAGAGACUGCAGGGGCUGCAAUUAGCUCUCAUAUGGGCAUUGAUAAAGUGAGUUUCACGGGGUCAACAGAAGUCGGGCGCAAAGUAAUGCAGGCUGCAGCUGCAAGCAAUCUAAAACCAGUGUCACUUGAGUUAGGAGGAAAAUCACCUCUCCUGAUUUUUGAUGAUGCUGAUUUAAAUGCAGCAACUGAUCUUGCUCUCACUGGAAUUACGUAUAACAAGGGAGAAAUCUGUGUGGCAAGUUCCCGGGUUUAUGUUCAAGAAGGUAUUUAUGAUGAAUUUGUGAAGAAGUUGGUGGAGAAGGCCAAAUCAUGGGUGGUAGGAGACCCUUUUGAUCCUAAAGUCUGUCAAGGACCCCAGGUUGAUAGGAAGCAGUUUGAGAAAAUCCAAUAUUACAUUGAACAAGGAAAGAGAGAAGGAGCUACAUUGUUGACAGGAGGCAAGGCUUUGGGAAACAAGGGAUUCUAUAUUGAACCAACAAUAUUUAUAGAUGUUAAGGAGGACAUGCGCAUAGCACAAGAGGAAAUUUUUGGACCUGUAAUGGCAUUGAUGAAAUUCAAGACCAUAGAUGAGGCGAUUCUGAAAGCAAACAACACUAGAUACGGCCUAGCAGCAGGCAUUGUGACCAAGGACUUGAAUGUUGCUAAUACUGUUUCCAGAUCAAUCCGUGCUGGUAUCAUAUGGAUCAAUUGUUAUUUUGCGUUUGAUCAUGACUGUCCUUACGGAGGGUAUAAGAUGAGCGGUUUUGGAAGAGACCUUGGAUUAGAAGCCCUUCAUCAGUACUUCCAAGUCAAGUCCGUUGUGACACCCAUUUAUAGCUCCCCUUGGCUCUAAGCCUCUAAGCCCGUAGCAGGAUUUUAUUAAAAAAAAAUACCACAGCAUGGACUACCUUAUAAGAGUGUGGUGAAAUAAUGUGCUUCAUGUUGGUUUUUUAUCAUAAAUUGCUGUAUCAUUAUUACAAGAACUGCUAUUUCUGCCAUCUUUGUAAUAAAUUUAAACCCUGAUUGUUUGGUCUUAAAUUCUGCCUUGGCUGGGUUAGAUAGUAGUAUAGUACAAGAGAUUUUUAAUUUGUUCAUCUGAUACAAAUAAAGACAAAAUUUUAAU